UGUUGUAAUUCAGGAGGAACAGUAUCAUCCAGCCUAGCUGGCGUUACAGUUGUUCUCCAGUAACGUCCCUGUUGGCUAACUUGCGGUGUCUUGUUGAAUACAUCCGAACCAGGCCAAUAGCGGCUCGCGCAGAUGUUAAAUAUUAACGGUGACGUGCGUCCGUUGACAAUCCGACACUGACCGAAACUGAAGAAGACGAAACGACACGGAAGCGUGAGUGUGAGGGCUCGGUGGUGUUACUUCCCCUUUGUGGCUCUUCCACUUCGUUUCCUCGUUCGCAGAGAUGUUUAGCUAGCUCGCGCUCGUCGGGGCUCGUCCGACAUCCCUGCAGUCGCUCGCGGACCGGGGGGCUCACACGCCGGUUGCUGUUACGAUCUCUUAUCGCGUUAUUGUUGUCCCUGAAGUGACGUGUGUUUCCAACCACCGCCAAGAAGCCCCCGACGCAGCUAAACGGACAACACGCGGGGGCGGACCGCGAUAGCCAGCACGCACCAGUCAUGGAGUUCAACACAUGUGUGGCCUUGUGGAUAUUGAGCUUCUGUCUCGUUGGAGAAAGUUGGACUGACAAACCAAGUUCACCUCCACCAGACAGUCAGAUUGUUGAACACGCGGUGUCAGACUUAUGUCGCAUUGAUGCGCCGCUAUGCAAGGAUGAGAAUGGAGUUCUCAGCUACGAGUCCAUCCGUAGUAUCCACAAGCAGAUGGAUGAUGAUGCCAACGGCAAUGUAGACGUGUCUGAGACGGACGGCUUCCUGAGAGAAGAUCUAAACUACCAUGACCCAAAGGCCAAGCAUAACACCUUCCACGGGGACGACCAGUUCAUCAGUGUGGAGGACUUGUGGAACACAUGGAAGGGCUCUGAAGUGUAUAAUUGGACAGUGGAUGAGAUGGUGGACUGGCUCAUCACCUACGUGGAACUGCCCCAAUAUGUGGAUGCCUUUCGCAAGAUGAAUUUCAAUGGAAGUGUCAUGCCAAGGCUCGCCGUGAAGAACACCACUCUGACUCUCGCUAUUCUGAAGAUUCUGGAUCGCAGCCAUGUGCAAAAGUUGCAGCUCAAAUCUUUGGACACUGUACUGUUUGGAGCACCCCUGAUGAAUAGACAUAGCCACUUGAAGGACUUCAUGCUGGUGGUGUCAAUAGUCAUCGGCAUGGGUGGCUGCUGGUUUGCCUACAUCCAGAACCGCUACUCUAAGGAUCAUAUGAAGAAGAUGAUGACGGACCUGGACGGCCUGCAGCGAGCUGAACAAAGUCUGCAUGACCUGCAACAGAAGCUGCAGAUCGCCCAGGAGGAGCACCGCACAGUGGAAGUGGAGAAGGUGAACCUGGAGCAGAAGCUGAGGGAUGAGAUCAACGCAGCAAAGCAGGAAGCCUACCGCCUGAGGGAGCUGCGGGAGGGCACGGAGAACGAACUGAGUCGCCAGAAAUACGCUGAAGAAGAGUUGGAUCAGGUGCGCAUGGCGUUGAAGAAGGCAGAGAAGGAGUUGGAGUCCCGGAGAAGAUGGUCACCGCCAGAGUCCCUCCAGAAGUGGCUGCAGCUCACCCACGAGGUGGAGGUGCAGUACUACAACAUCAAGAAGCAAAAUGCUGAAAAGCAGCUCCUGGUGGCCAAAGAAGGGGCGGAGAAAAUAAAGAAAAAGAGGAACACUCUGUUUGGGACUUUCCACGUGGCUCACAGCUCCUGUCUGGAUGACGUGGACCACAAAAUACUGACUGCAAAACAAGCCCUGGGGGAGGUGACGGCUGCUCUGCGGGAGCGGCUUCACCGUUGGCAGCAGAUCGAGAUCAUCACACGUUUUACCAUCGUCAACAACCCAGGCCUUCCUUCUCUCACCUCGUCCCUCAACCUCGACUCCAACUUCAUGGCCGGCAGAGCUACGCCUCAGCACUUCAUCAUGUCUGACGACAUGGACGACUUGGAUGAGGAUAUCGUGCCUGGAAAUCUGCAAUCUCCCAGUAUGAUGUCCCUGCGCCAACGCCACAUUGACCCCCAGCUGGCCAUGGCCUCCCAGAGGUUGGUAGAGAGUUGCCUGUUGGUGGGGCAGCAGGGGGCGGGAACCCUCUACCCGUCCAGGGCUCGGGGCCCCCUCAGGCAGUCGCAGUCGUUCGGGCAGCUGGAUUGUCUCCCUCUGCCGCCCCUUUACUCGGCCGUGUCUCACCCCUCCAUCGUCUGUACCUCCAACCUAAACCCUCAUUCCCAGUCCUCCUUGAACUCCUCUUCCCACUGCUUACCCAGCUCUGUGGGUGGCAUCGAAGCCCCCCAUUCCUCCCAUAGAUAUGCUUCUUUCCAGCCCAUGGAUCCCAUCCCCGAUUUCACCUUCUCUGACGUCUCCAGAGCACGCCCGUCACACAGCGACAGCUUCGGGUACCCGUCUCCUUCCGAGCGCAUGGACCUAAACCGCUCUGACUCCGAGUCCUCCCUGUCCCUCUCUCAAGUUGGUGAUCGGCUCUCUGCCUACAGCUCCAAAGGCCACCUGGUCAAGCCCGCCGCCCUCCUUCACGACACCGCCUCUCUGUACGCUCACACGCCCAACGGAGGGAACCGCGUUCACGAGGUCGGGCCUCCGGAGCCCGCCCACGACAGCCCCAUCCUCAUGAAGAAGAUGUACGGCACGGAGCAGUCGCCCAGCCCGGGAGAGGUCAACAGUCUGUCGGAGUCCUCCCGCUCGCUCAGCCCCAACUCCACGGAACCCGACACGCCGUCGCCGACCGGAGGGCAACCGGCGGCGAAGGGAAGCAGCCGCAUCCCACAGCUGUCCUCCAAGAAGAGCCCGCUGGAGGAGGACAGCGGCUCCACGGGAGAAGACACCGAUUCCACCGCCAGCCGCAAGAAACACACCUUCAAGAUCUUCAAGAAGCAGAAGAAAUGAGGGCCGUGUGAACUCCAGGCGGUUAAAGCCGCGUGAUCGUGUUCCUCUGGUCUGUUUUAGAAACGAGGUUCGAGGGGUCGUCCGAGGUCAGAUGAUGGCACGAUUUGUUGCCGGUACGACACCUACGCUAAAGGAACUGUGGGAGCAACCAGCUGUUGGGUUUAAUCUGUGUAUUGGGUCGAUGUGGGUAGGUUUGUAUAUUGGAAUGUAAAGUAUUAUUUAUUCAGCAGUCUCCAAGAGACAUGUCUCCCGGUUGUUUUUUCUUUCUUGUUCUCCAAUCUAUAACAUUGUGCAUGCCUUCCGUUUAGUUUGACUGCUCCUCGAAUGCCCGUCGUGUUUGCGUGGUUCUUGUCCUUAACCUGCCUCGACAACACUUGAUGUUUCAUUUAUUACCGCCUAUCGUCCAAGUCCAAAGUCAAUGUGCGCUCACUUUGACUCACUGAGUUGUUUGUUUUUAUUGAUGGUGACAUGUUUGUUUGUCUCUUGUCGUCUUCUUCUCGGCAGAGCAAAUGGCACAUUCAAGAGACCCUCAGGCUGUCGCGGUCUGACUCGUUUGACAGCCAACAGGAAGUUUAAAUAGUGAUCAAGUUCAGCAAAAGUAGCUUUUUGGUUUGAGUUAUAUUCCCUAGAAGUGUAAAACAAAUGCUUAUUAACGAUUUGAUUUCAUCCAAGAGCACCCGGGUGGCAUCACCUCGUGUACAUCGAGCUUAACGUGAGCUAACUCGUAAUUUACAAAGGGACCAUCAAAUGCAGCAUCAGACCGUUUGCGUUAUUUUUAUUAUAUCAUUGUUGAGUGUAAAAGAAAAGCGGCUUUGCUUCAAUGUCCAGCUUUUAAAUAAUACAAACAAAUCUAAACACUGAUUCAUAUUUGGAUUAACACAUGUCUAUAUAGGUGUUUGAAUUUCCUGGAUUGAAGUGUUUUAAGUACCAAACACAUAAUUACCAAUGAAAUUGUGUGACGAACAUUUAUCUGGCUUUGACCAUUAUAGGAUACUAUUUUGGAGAAAGUGGACAAUACAUACCAAUAAAAAGAAAAGAAUCAAAGAAUUUAACUCCAAGCACUUGAAGCACAUUUUUAUUCAGCUUUUGAUUAAAAGUGAACUUGUUUUCAAAGAUUAAAAGAUAAAUGGUAUCCUCCAUAUAAACUGGCUGUGAGUUUAACUUUGAUUUGGCUCUGCUGUCCUCUGUCUCGUUUAUCUUUUGGUGGCCAAUGAGAAGUUUACGUCAGUGUCAGUAAGAGAUGGGUGCUGGUGAGGGCUACAGCUAAGAGGCAACAUCAUUUGCUCUGUAAGAUGGACAUGUUCAAGUUGCAGCCACUUUGUAAUCCACCUUUUAUGAAGAUUUGGACCAAUUCCAUCACGUUUCAAAUGACUGUGAGGGCUUUGUUUGCAGGGGGUUAAGCCCGACAUAUGUGAUGCAUAUAAAUACAGUAUGUCUAUACAUCACAUACUGUAUGUCUGCAUCACAUACUGUAUGUGAUAAUACAUACUGUAUUUCUACAUCACAUACGGUAUCUAUAUGCAUACCGUAUGUGAAGUACGUCCUGACUUUACACUGAUUGUCCAAGGGUAUUGUUGCUGUGACAGUAUCAUCAGUACAGUAUGUUAAUGUGUUACAGAUAAUGGUCAGAUUACCACAACGUUGUGCCCGUUUUAAUAUCGACAGCUUCUUAUGAGCACAGAACUAUGCAUCAGUAGUUGUAGGUGAUGACUAGAGUAGUAAGGACGCCAGUACUCUUAGGGUGCUCCUUAGGGUGCUCCUGACCGAUGAACAACCAACAAGUGCUUCAAAAGACAGUCGGCCUCCCCAGCCUCAUCACGUAACAGGUGCUUUGGACGCGCAAGACAUGUUUGGAUAUUUUAUUUUACAAACCAGCUUUUAAAAAAAAACUUUUUAAUUGUAAUUUGUACCUUUUCUUUUGCACGACAGAGCUGUAAAUGGAUUAUGCCAUCUGAGUGUGUGCGAGCGCACGUGUGUGUGUGUCCGUCUGCUUCUAGGAUAAUGCAUUGUAAUGUCGAUGCAUGUCAACCGCAGUAGCACAACCUACAUCGGGUUCAAAGAGUGGUUCAGCUUUAACUCGUCACGAGCCAUUCUACUUAGUUUCCUUCUCUUUUAGUUUGAGCUUCUAUUUAUGAAUACAAACAGUAUAUUUGUACAGGGAAAAUGAUAAUGUUGCAUCUUCUGUGACGGUCCAGACCUUUACGGCACUCCUGCAUGAUAGCAAUAAACUAUUUUGAAUGAAA